UACAAAAAACAAUUUCAAUAAUAUUUGUUAAAAACUAUGCAUUAUAAUUGAGUAGCAUCACGUUAAUUAUAUUUGCAAUAAUAUAAUCAUUUAUCCUACGUUUUUUGUAAUUUUGGUGUGUUAAAAUGCUUCCUAAGGUAUAAUUUGAAGCAUAAAAUGGUGUUACUCGAUUGCAUUGAAUGAAAACAACACCAGCCACUUGAAGUAACUAGUACAAAACAGUAUAUUUUGCUUUUACUUUCUUUUUAUAUAAUUUGAACAACAAAUCUGAAUCAUGACAGGAACCAGAUUGUACUUGGGUAAUCUGCCUUACGACACAACGAAGCGUGACUUGGAGAGCUUUUUCAAAGGCUACGGACGCAUCGAAGAGAUACUUCUGAAGAACGGUUAUGGUUUCAUUGAGUUCGACGAUCCACGUGAUGCUGAGGACGCAGUUUACGACUUGGAUGGUAAAAAACUGCUUGGUAAGAGAGUCACUGUUGAGAUGGCCAAGGGUAAACCGAGAGGGAGAGACAGAACAGUCGGCACCUCGAGUGGGAACCGUGGUCGUGGUAAGAAACCACUUCGUACCAAUUACAGAGUGUUGAUCGACAAUCUGUCGUCCAGGAUAAGCUGGCAGGAUCUGAAGGAUCACAUGAGAGAAGCCGGUGAGGUUACAUACGCCGAUGCACACAGACCUUACGUAAACGAAGCCGAGGUUGAAUUCGCCACUUACGAUGACAUGAAACGUGCCAUCAAAAUGUUCGACGGUUACAGCCUCAACGGCCGUAAAAUUACAAUGAAGGAGGAUCCGGAAACGAGACGCAAAAGGACACCGUCUAGGCACAGAUCGUACUCCAGAUCAGAGUCUAGGUCUAGAUCUAGAUCUCGGUCACGUGGUUCCAGAGGGAACGGGGAUAGAAGUAGAUCUCGCAGUUAUUCUAAAUCCAAAACCGGAGGUAGAAAAUCUCCUUCCUAUGGUGAUGACAGGCGUAGGUCGCCGAGCUACGAUGACUCAAGGUUAAACGAUACCACCAGGACUUCAAAAAGUCGAUCCAGGGACCGUUCCGACUUAAACGAUUCUAAAAUAAGCAGAGGUUCCAGUCCCGGCAGAAGUUCUCGUUCGCGUUCUCCUGAAAAGAAACGUCGCGACUCUCGAUCCAAGUCGCGUUCAGUUGAAAGAAACGGCAAUUCCACAUCUCGUUCUAGGUCACGUUCGAAACGGAAUGGAAAUAGUCGUUCACCCAGCUAUACUGAUGCUUCCAGAUUGGACGAUACAGGCGCUAGUAGGUUGUCGAGAAGUCGUUCACGAUCGUCUAGGGGGUCUGUGAAGAGGUCUAUUUCCAGGUCGCCAGCCAGAAAUUCGAAGAGAACCAAAACUGAUGAAAAUAGGUCGAGAUCCGAUUCGCGAGAUAGAGAUUAAUUAGGACAUUGUUUGGAUUAAAAUUUUUGUGUAAUAUGGAACAUAUUGAAUUCAAUAAACAAUUUGAGACUUA